CCGCAAUAUCCGUUUCUCCCCCUUCCGAGACUUUUGAUCUUCUUCAAACAUUACAAUUGGUACGAUGAACUCCCCAAAACGGAAACGUGCACAUUUGGCAUGCAAGCCCUGUAGAGAGCGCAAAAGAAAAUGUGACGGACGUCACCCCUGCAUCACCUGUACAGAAUGGGGUUAUGAUUGCUAUUACGAAACUUCUACUCGGCGAAGAACGCCACGGGCUACAGGACAAGCCACGACGGCAUCCCCAGCAAGACCUCUGUCUGAACAACUAAGCAAUCUUCCGGCAAGCACCACAGAAUCCGAGCAUUAUGGGUUGAAUCGUGAUAUGGAGGCUAAUUCAGGUGCGGCCUUCGUCCGGAAACUUGGCCUUCGAAUUGACCCUACGAAUGCGCCCAGGCUCAGCCUCUUUGCAUGGAACCUUGGAUCACGACAAUUAUCUACACCGCUAAAUGCCGGUAGCACAGCCCUACCCAUUGUGGAAAUUACCUCACUUGAGCAUAUGAAAUCUUUAGCUCAAGUUUACUUUGAUAAGGUGGACCCGUGCUAUGGAUUCAUCAACCGUCCUCAGUUCUUUGAGCGGUUAGACAUACGCUGGAAUUCGUCUGAAACACCAAAUUUGUAUGACAGUAUUUUAGCUGGCGUCGCGGCAAUCGGAUGUUUGUUUUCUCAACGAAACGUUACGGUCACCGAAGUACAUCUAGUCCGGUCGGCUUAUGCAAGUCUAGACAACCACCAACUCCUCGGGCCACCCUCAAUAGACCUUCUGAUCGGUUGGACACUCCGAUCGAUCUAUCUUCGGAUAACAGACUCGCCGCAUUCCACAUGGAUAGCUAGUUCCACCUUGAUGCACCUUGUCGAAGCUUCAGGGCUUCAUUCCGAGUCACCGGCGUCAGUCCUUCUCCCUAGCGCGCAAUGCGAUCCUGAUACUAGAAGGAGGCUUGUUGGCGUCGCACGACAUAUCAAUACUUGGACAUCCUUUGACUUAGGACUCUCCUUGGUCUCGUUCCAAAAAGAUGAAAUGCCAUUACCGCCGUCGUCAAAGCCGGGUGAUUAUACCGAUGAGAUCUUAGGCCUACUGCCAAUAGCGGUCAGUUUGCACCCUGGUAGGUUGAAGGAUGAGACGGAUCUCACGUCAACGCUUUUUAAGGUCCUGUCUAGAACACAUACUGAACCACCUUCAGUUAUGGCCCAGUGCAACACGGUGCUUUGUAUUAUCCGACGUAUACAUACCCAAAAUCUUGACAUGUCAUCUGGCCGCACCGACCAGGUACUUGAUCUCUUCAAGAAGGGACUUAGCUGCGCGCGUAGUCUAGUAGCGAGCUGUUCCCCAUGGCAUCAAGCCGCCAACGUACCUUUUCAAAUUGUGUGCGUCCUUCUCGUAAUGGACACACGCUCGUCGCUCUCCAUGCUUCCGGAGGCAAUGCAGACCUUGAGUCUAAUCACUAGUACCUACGACACCGAAACUAUGCGAGAGGCAUAUGGUACAGCUUGCCUCUUAGUUUUGUUGCACCAGCAGCGAAGGAAAUCUGAUAUAGCCAUUUUUGGAGAGGCCCUUAACGUCCAUCAGCAAGAACGAAAUCCUAUCGUUGCGCUACCACCGCCACCCAACUACAGCUCCCAAGAUUCCUCAUGGCUUGAAGCACUUGUCGCCGACUUUCCAGGCUUGGAAAGGGUGGACCUAGAUCAGUUCUUGAAUAUGGACAUGACUGGCAAUGCUCUCUUGGGCGGACCUGAAUAAUUGCGUUUUUCUUAUCUUCUGUGUACAUUUAACUUCCCGCACAAAAUCAAUCCGCUCGGAAUAGUUGCGGUAAUUAGAGAUAUUGCUAUUUUAAUAUUCAUUAGAAACCUACAAUCCGAUACCAAUGUUUUCAUUUCCAAUACCUAUUAAGACGGGUUCUAAAUUGAUAAUCGACGGACAGGAACACGUUAACGGCGUUAUUUUCGGGUUCGGAUAGUGUAAGCGGCGUAGCGCGGAAGAGGC